GACAUAUCCCACACCAGUCAAACGAGUAUCGUCAUGAGCUCAUCAUGAUUAAUUUAAUGACUUCUGGGUGGAUCAGCUACUAGUAAUUCUUCUAAAUCGUAAAGAGAUAAACCUAUCCUGGUUGAAGCCCAGAGUGUGUCGAAUGCCUAUUAUAUGUUGCAUAGAGACACAGAAGUAAUACUACCCAAAGUACCUGACUCUACAUCAUGCCAACUAAAGGAAGGGCAUCAAAACUUUUCCUGAGAUGUGUGGCCAUGCUGCUCAUUCAUAUAUGUGUGAUGAACUCACAAAAGCUCCCUCAAGUUUCAGACACGCUUGAAGAGUACUCUAAGAAAAUGUUCUAUCUGGAUCAUAUAAGACAAAAAAGAGAUGUAUUAACCACAACCACCACCACCACCGCAACCACAACCACAGCUGCCAAGACCACAAACUCCACAACUAUAGCUCCCUCAAACAGAAACUCCACAACUUCAAACUCCACAACCACAAACUCCACAACCGCAAACUCCACAACCACAAACUCCACAACCACAAACUCCACAACCGCAAACUCCACAACCACAAACUCCACAACCGCAAACUCCACAACUACAAACUCCACAACUACAAACUCCACAACUAAAGCUCCUUCAACUACAAAAUCCACUACGACAACAUCCUCAAACAGAAACACCACAACUAAAACUCCUUCAACUACAAAAUCCACUACGACAACAUCCUCAAACAGAAACACCACAACUACAGCUCUCGCGAUCAUAAACUCCAAAACCACACACUCCACAAUUUCAGCUCCCUCAACUGCAGAGCCUCUAACUGAAUAUCUGGUGGAGAUGACCAUUGACACAAUGAACAAAGUAACACUUAAUCUCUUGAGGAAUCGUUUGGAGUCACUCAGUUUACCCUUAAUAAACAGUCAAAUGAAUGUCACUGAAAUCAACAUCACUUCAGUGUGUCUUUUGAAUGGUACUGAAUAUCAGUGCAUGUGUGGGGAUCAGUAUUUGUGGCCGUGUGAAAAAUGCGUACUAUAUAGCUCCUGUGUUUACAUGGCCAAUGGCUCGUGUGGCUGCAUCAACCCUAUUCCAAAAGAUGGAAACACAUCUCAACCACAAUCAAGCAAUAACACAACAGACAUUGUGUUAGAUACAAACACAACAGUUAAUGCAACAGUUAUGAACCAUAUCGUAACUUUCUCUCUGAAAAUAAAUGAAGAUUUUGACUUGGAUCUUGUCACCAUCUCUAGUGAGAAGUACAAACAAUAUACAAAAACCAUUGGGAAUUCAAUUAACAUAGUUUACAGUAGUAUAUCUGCCUACAAGACCAAUUCUGCAACUGUAACUGGUUUCAGGCCUGGCAGUGUGAUUGCAGAUUUCAGUAUAAAUGCAACAAGUGAUAACCUUGAUUUGGUAUCAGCAAACCAGCAAGUAGUUGUCAGUCUACAAGAACAGGGAUUUAACAUAAGCAAUGAUGCAUUCAGUAGAACUGUUAAAGAUGGGCUGUAUGAAAGCAAAAGCCAAGUAUAUCCUCAGAACGAUCUGUCACUAACUUGUAAAACGACAAAUGACAGCAUAAUAUGGAUAAAGGAUGGGAACGAACUAGAAGCGUCGAAUAAGUAUAUAAUUGAUAAAACUAAUAAAACUACACUCGUUGUGAAAAACACUACUCCUAAUGACAGUGGUGUAUAUGAAUGCAGAACAACAGAGAACUCAGUGCCUUACAUUAUCUGGCAAGGCAUUAUGAUUCCAGAUCCCAAUAUCCAAGUAAACAUUUCCAAAGUUGUAACAUGUAAGAACAUGACAGAAAGACUACAGUGUUGUGUGCAGCAGAGCUAUAAUGUGACAUGGAUCACAUCAUCCAGUGAGAGUUGCAGUAAAGCAGUGCAAGAAAAUGGCUGCAUAUACUGUGACUACAGAAUUACUGAAAAUGAAUGUCGAGCGAGUGACCUACAGGUGAAAAUCACAUGUAAACUCACUGAAAGUGAUUACUCCAAGAGCUUCAAUGUAUCUGCAGUCAACAAAACAUUUGCCUGCUCUGACAAUAGCUCUAACAAUGCAUUUGGUGCUGGAGAUGUGGAUCAGAUAAAAACUGGUGACUGUUAUGGAGACAUGAUUGGUUAUCAAAUAGCUCAGUGUAAUGCAUUGGGUUACUGGAUUGUUACAGAUGACAACUGCGUCACGCGAGUCAUUAAAUAUUUGAAAGACAGAUCUGAGAAUUUAUUAAUCACAGACCUUCCAGAAUUUGUACAAAAUGUAAGCAGUGCUGCUAUUGAGAAAGCUUCCGAGAUAACAAACUCUUCUGCAACCAUAUUAACAAUUGUUGAUUUGCUGAAAGUCAUUGCUGAUAUCUCACAAACAAUUACUGUUAGCGAAGAGAUAAUGACAGAUUUUUUCAAAACAUUGGAUGUCAUUGGAUCAAAUGAUGCACAGGAUGUAUGGGUGCAUUUAAACAAAAACAGUACAACUAUGGCAAAGAGUUCUGAACUUCUGAACUCUACUGAGAAAAUUGCACGCAGACUCCGUGAUGGAAGUUUCAACAUAUCAACAAAUCACACCUCUCUCCAAAAAUACAGUAACAUUUCUAACAGCUUUAUUGGAAUGUUUGGCAAAAAUUCUACUCAAAUAAAUAUUCCAACAAUUACUACACAGACAUCCCUCACCGUCAUAAUUUCUUCAGUUCUUCACAACAUGUUACCUGUUCGAAAGCUGACCUACAAUGACAACAGCCAGACCGACACCAAAAUUAAUGGAGAUGUAGCUGUGAUUCAGACAACCUCAACAAUUAACAAUAUCUCCCUUUCUUUUACAAUUAAAAAUAAGACACUGGGAAACCCUCAGUGUGUCUUUUGGAACUUUAGUCUUCUGAAUGGUACUGGUGGAUGGGACUCGACUGGAUGUCAGUUAAAGAAAUUAACAAAUGAAUCUGGAUCAUAUACGUGUGAGUGCAAUCACACAACCUCUUUUUCAAUACUGAUGUCACCAUUUUCCCCAAAUAACAAGGCCUUAGACAUUAUAACAUACAUUGGUGUUGGCAUUUCAAUGGGCAGCUUGGUUUUGUGCCUCAUCAUUGAAUUCAUCAUAUGGAAGUCAGUGAGAAGAAAUGACACAUCCUUCAUGCGCCAUGUCUCCAUAGUCAACAUCGCUGUCUCCCUUCUGAUUGCGAACAUAUGCUUCAUCAUUGGAGCAGCUGUUGUUACACAAGUGGGUCCCUGCAGUACAGCAACCUUCUUCAUGCACUUCUUUUAUCUUGCCCUUUUCUUCUGGAUGUUGCUGUCAGCACUCUUGCUCCUCUACCGCACCCUCAUGGUCUUUUCCAGAAUGACCAGAGGAGCAAUGAUGAGCAUAGGCUUCACUGUCGGCUAUGGAGCCCCGUUAAUCAUAGCUGUCAUUACAGUGGCAUCUACAGCUGGAAACAAAGGAUACAUUCAACAAGAUUACAACUGUUGGUUGAACUGGAGCCAAACGAAGGCCCUCCUGGCAUUUGUGAUUCCUGCUCUGACGAUUGUAGCUAUAAACCUCCUGGUGCUUAUUGUGGUUCUGUUUAAGAUGAUGAAGAGAGGAGUUAAUGCUUCCAUUCAGCCAAAUGAGAAACAUCCCUUACUAGUCCUUGCUAGAUGUGUGGCGAUUUUAACACCUCUUUUUGGUCUAACGUGGGGAUUCGGCAUUGGGACCAUGGUGUCAUCAGACUUUGGGGUUCAUGUGGUGUUCGCAUUCCUUAAUUCACUGCAGGGUUUCUUUAUUUUGGUGUUUGGAACAUUAAUGGAUCCUAAGGUCCGAGAAGCACUAUCAGAAAAGUUGUCACUUACAAAUCUUAGCUCUAAUAACACCAGGAGUACAAACGCAGGAUCAUCCUCAGGGGGAUUUCCUUUCAUUCAAAAGUUACGGAAGAGAAAUGCACACAAUAUAUCAGAAGCCAGAGAUUUGACCACAUCUUCGAGCAACUAGUAGACAGUUUCUAGUAGUUAAGCCAAUGUGGCUGAAACUGUGGAAUUUACUUAUUUGACUAUUAUCCAUAGCUACCUACAGUUGAGGUAGGGUACAAAUGAACAAGUGAGGAUUAAGGUUAAGAACCAUGGCAGUUUGGCACUGUGCUGGGAUUUGAACUGACAAUCUUCUGUAGAUCAAAGUCUUGACACACUUCCACUUGAACAAUUAGCUUAGCAUACUUUAGUGCUUAAUUAUGUUACUUGAUACUUUUUAAUCUCAUUUACUGAAAUAUAAGUGAAGCAUAACACAAAAAUUCACUUUAAUAUUUGCCAACUCCUUCAAUUUCAAUUUCUCUUUGAAAUAUCCUUUUUUAUUGAUCUUAUGUAAUAUUCUAAUUUUCUGAGACACAGAAUUUUGGGUUUUCCUUAUCUGUAAGCCAUAAUCAUCACAAUUUCAAGAAAUAAAGGCUUGAAAUAUUUCACUCUAUGUGUGAUGAAUCUAUAUAAUAUAUGGGUUUCACUUUCUGAUCUGAGUGAUAAAAAAUAUUGACCUUUUUCAUGAUAAUUUUUUGAGAUGUACCUGUACUUUUUUGUUGGGGGUGGUAGGAGUGUUAAAUUAAA